UUUUUAUCAAAUUGUGUACAUUUCACAAAUUGUGAGAAUUUACAUCAAUCAGGUGUAAAUAAAAGUAACAAUAUACAUAAAGAACAAAGUUUUGGUACGAGCGAAUUAUUAGAUUUGGAUGAUGGUACUGGAGUUGGAACGCCAACAUGUUUACCGCAACAUUUUCGAUGUAACGAUGGACGCUGUAUUCCUGCACAUUGGAAAUGUGAUUCUCACGUAGAUUGCGAAGAUGGCAGUGAUGAACCAUCUGAUUGCAGCUUUAAAGUAAAAUGUGGGUCGGGUCAAUUUCAAUGCGAUUUUACACGAAAAUGUAUACCGAUUGGUUGGAUGUGUGAUGGUGAUCCUGAUUGCGGAUACAGUGAUAAAUUUGGUAUUGACAUGUCUGAUGAGGAUGAUGAGAAAUGUGCUGAAGGUAAUGGUUGUCCUGCAAAUCAAGCACGUUGUAAAUAUGUGUCAGAAUGUCGACCGAUUCGUAUGUUUUGUGAUAAUCAUAAUGAUUGUCCUGACAACAGUGACGAAUUCGAUUUUUGUGAUAAUGCAACUGCACUAUGCAAUUCAAGCUCAUUGCAAUGUGAAGUCGGCUGCCGUCCGACAAACCAAGGCCCUAAAUGCUUUUGUGCAGAUGGUCAAGAACCUGAUAGUAAAGGCAAAUGUAAUGAUUCAAAUGAAUGUUUAAUUGAUGGAUCGUGUGAUCAACUUUGUACAAAUACUAUUGGAUCAUAUAAAUGCGCAUGUGUAUCUGGGUAUGUUCAAAAAGGAAAAUAUUGUAAAGCAUUAAAUGUUCCAGAAUCAGAGUCAGCUUCACUAUUAUUUUCAACACAAUCCAGUAUACAACGAGUAUCAUUAGAUGGUGAUGUUAUCAAUUCAGUGAAAUUAAUUAAUUCACAUGCAUUAGAAUUUUCGCAUAGAAAUCGUUCCGUGUGUUAUAUACAUCAUAAUGUGACAAGCUCAAAUAUUUGUUGUUUUGAUAUUGAUGAUUUUGAUAAGAAAUGGGUUUUACCAAAACCGUCCAUUUUUUCUAAUUUAGAUUCUGUACAUCAAAUGACCCUAGAUUGGAUAUCUGGAAAUUGGUAUUUUUUAGAUAAUUCACGUGAAGUAAUAUUUCUUUGUAAUCAAACAUUAGAAAUUUGUACUAUUAUAUUAGAAGUUGAUUUAAGUACACCACGUGGAAUGGCGUUAGAUCCAACUAAGGGUUUUAUGUUUUUUACAAAAUGGGGUCAUUCGGCUCCGAUGCUUGAACGAGCUUUAUUAGAUGGUACAAAUCGAACUGUGUUAGUUGAUCGGAAAAUUGUAUAUCCAUAUGAUAUUGCUAUUGAUUUUCCAUUACAACAUAUUUAUUGGGUUGAUAGUUAUUUAGAUUUUGUUGAACGAAUUAAUUAUGAUGGAACAAAUCGACGAACUGUUAAACGAGGUUAUCCUGUAAGUUAA